AUGGACGCGUUCAAGAAAUCAUCUCUUGCAAAAUAUGUCAGCGGAGUGAAGACAUUACCUGCUGGUAUAUUCAACUGGCAUCUGUCCGUUACUGUCACCGCAUUCGCUCUUGGUGGUUGCCCGAAAGGUUGGGAUGAAGGGGCAGCGGCCUCCAUCACAGAACUCGAAUCGUUCAAGACCUCGUAUCAUCUGCAUGGAUCGAACAGUAAAACGACAAUCUCCAACCUUGUUUCCUUUGUCAACAUAGGUGCAGGAGUUGGCGCGUUUCUUUCGUUCUUCCUCAACGACAAGAUCGGACGCAUCUGGUCUAUGCGGCUUUACCAAGUCGUAUACGCCGCUGGAUCCAUGAUCUCCUGCUUCUCAUAUGGAAAUCAUGGUGUACUCUACGUUGGACGCAUCGUUGCCGGACUCGGUAUCGGCGCUCUUACCGUCGUUGGACCCAUGGCCAUCGCCGAAAUGGCUCCGAAAAGCAUUCGUGGUCUCAUGACCUUGUGGUUCAACGUCUGUAUGCUGGAAGGUCAAGCGCUGGGCAUUUUUACUGUCUUUGGCUGCAACACGAACAUUUCGUCGGAGCGGAGCCUCCAGUACCAGAUCCCCUGGUUCGUUCAGACCUUUGCCCCGGCAAUUUCCGUGGGCUUGUCUUUCUUUGCGGUCGAAUCUCCAAGAUGGCUCGCCAUCAAGGGGAAGCAGAAGGAGGCCCUCGAUGCCCUUAUGACGUUGCGUGGUCUGCCAGCUGACCACCCAUAUCUGGAGGAGGAAUAUGCUUUGAUCGAAACCCACCUGGAUGAUGAGAACCAACAAGCUGGAGAUCGAGGAUACUGGUCUAUCAUGAAAGAGACUUUGACGGUUCGGUCGAAUCUCCGCCGAGUCCAGCUUGCCAUCGUUGCGUACAUCCUCGCUCAAUUCUCGGGCGCCAACUCGGUAACCAACUAUCUCCCUACCAUCUUCGGCUAUAUUGGUAUUCAGGGUACCGGCGUCAAAGUAUACUCAUCAGGCAUAUAUGCAGUGGCCAAGAUGAUCUGUUGCCUGGUUGCUUCGCUCGUCUUUGUUGAUGUCCUUGGUAGAAGGAAGUCUCUCAUGAUCGGCAUUACGAUCCAAGCCGCUUGCCAUGCCUACCUCAGCGGGUACCUCAGAUACUUCAUCAAAGACCCGGGGUCAGUGCCCACAGGGGCCUCUGAUGCUGCGAUUGGCAUCAUCUACAUUCAUGCUCUGGGAUGGGCUGUGGGACUUUACACCUUGCCGUACCUAUUUGGUGCUGAGCUCUGGCCGAAUCGUAUCAGAUCCUUCGGCGGUGCUCUGUCGCAGGGAUUUCACUGGAUCUUCUACUUUGCCAUUACCAAGGCGACCCCGAGUAUCCUAAGCUCUAUGGAUGUAUGGGGCGCUUUCUUGUUCUUUGUUGGCUGGUGCAUUCUCGCUUUCAUGUAUACGCUCUUCUUCAUCCCUGAAACCAGUGGCCUCAGUCUUGACGAGAUGGAUGCUAUUUUCGAACGUCCUAUGCACCAAAUGCGGCGGGCAGCUGUGCAGAAGGGGGAUGAAGAAGAUAUUCGUACAAGACGUGUCUCGGUUGAGAAGGAAGUAGUAUCCCAUAUCGAAAGACACUAG